AUGACCCCUAUGGGCCAAUCCACGGGAGGGUGGAAGACGUGGUCUACGAAGAAGAAGCUCAUCGUUCUCGUCUCGGCCGUACUCGUGCUUAUUCUAGUCUUGGGUCUUGCUCUGGCUUUGGGUUUAAAGCACGAUAAGGAGCGGGAGCCAAGAGAGACGCCGCCGACACCUGCAAAAUGGCAACCAGCAGCCGGGUCGACAUUUCAAAUUGUCCUUCUCUACCAGCUCGACGAUACAUCGACUAACACGGAUAUAUACGACAUCGACCUCUUCUACAACACAAAAGAAACCAUCUCGCAACUCCACCGCGAAGGUCGAAAAGUCCUCUGCUAUUUUUCCGCCGGAAGCUACGAAGACUGGCGCGACGACAGAGCCCAAUUCCACAAAUCCGACCUCGGCUCAAACCUAGCCGGCUGGCCAGGCGAGCGCUGGCUCGACAUCAACUCCGAAAAUGUGCGCAGAAUCAUGCUCUCCCGCCUAGAUACAGCCCGUGACAAGGGCUGCGAUGGCGUCGACCCGGAUAAUGUCGACGGCUACGAUAACCACAACGGACUAGGUCUGACGCGCGCAGAUGCUGCGGACUACGUCAAUUGGCUGGCUAAUGAGACGCAUGCGCGAGAUAUGUCGAUGGGUUUAAAGAAUGCGGGGGAUAUCAUUCCGUAUGUUAUUAGGAAUAUGCAGUGGAGUGUGAAUGAGCAGUGUGGGGAGUAUAAGGAGUGUGAGACUUAUUCUAGUUUUAUUGAGGCGGGGAAGCCGGUUUUUCAUAUUGAGUAUCCGAAGGGGAAUGAGGUGAAUGAUUCGCUUGCGGUUACUAAUGCACAGAAGCAGAGUGUUUGUGGAUCGGAUGGGGCGAUGGGGUUUUCGACGGUGAUGAAGAAUAUGAAUUUGGAUGAUUGGAUCCAGACGUGUUGA